GCGGCGGGCGCGGGAUGUCCGGCCUCUGGGCGCUGCUGGCCGCAGGCCUCUUAGCCGGACCGCUGGCCGGCCUCGGCUCCCAGCGAACCUUUCUGUCAGUCACCGUUCCAGUGAAGAUUCCAACCACUUCAAAUGAAGAUUUGGACCCUGAAUAUGCAUCUUAUAUGAUCACAAUAGAAGGAAAGCCAUAUACCAUCCACCUGAAGCAAACAAUAUUUGUACCCCAUGAUUUUAGGAUAUAUAAUUACAACAAAGAGGGAUUUUUGAAUUCUGUUACUUCUCAUGUUAAGAAUCUUUGCUACUACCAAGGGUACAUCGCAGGUUUUCCAAAGUCCACAGUGAUUCUCAAUAUCUGUUCUGGACUUAGGGGGUUACUGCAGUUCGAAAAUGUCAGUUAUGGAAUUGAGCCUCUGGUUUCUGCAGUGGGAUUUGAGCAUAUGGUUUAUCCAAUAAACAUUAAUAACACAGCUGUUCCCUUCUUAUCCCAGAAGAAAAUGUACAUAGAGACAAAAGGGCUGUCCGACAUCCAAACAGAUAUAGAGGCAAAAACAGAUCAUUCAAAAUCAUUCCCUUUGUAUCUGGAAAUACAUGUCAUAGUGGAAAAAAAUCUGUAUGAAUACCUGGGUUCUGAUACAACCAUUAUAACUCAAAAAAUUGCCCAGGUCUUCGGACUUGUUAGCAGAAUGUUUAUCUCCUUUAAUGUGACUAUUGUAUUGUCUUCAUUGGAACUCUGGACAGAUGAAAAUAAAAUCUCUACAACUGGAGAAGUUGAUGCAGUACUGCAAAGAUUCCUAAAGUGGAAAGAUUCAUAUCUUGUCUUACGUCAGCUUGAUAUGGCUUAUUUACUUGUUUACAGGAAUACAUCUGAUUACCUUGGGGCAACAUUUCCAGGGAAGAUGUGUGAAAGAAAAUAUUCUGGAGGAGUUGCAAUAUUUCUAAAAGAAAUCUCUUUGGAGGCCUUUUCAGUUGUCAUUGCACAGUUGCUGGGGCUUAGUAUGGGAAUACAGUAUGAUGUCGUUAGCAAGUGUCAGUGUUCAGGCGCUGUCUGCGUAAUGAACCCUGAAGCAGUGCUCAUAAGUGGUGUGAAGGUCUUUAGUAGCUGUAGUUAUGGAGCUUUUGAAAGUUUCAUUUUAAAGACAAAAGGUGAAUGUCUUCAAAACAAACCCCACUUGGAUCCAUCAUACAGAGCCCCCAUUUGUGGCAACUCCGUAGUGGAAACAGAUGAAGAGUGUGACUGUGGCCCUCCCAUGGUGUGUAAGGAUAAUAAAUGCUGUAAUGCUGCGACCUGUAGACUGAAACCUGGAGCCAAAUGUUCUUUGGGACAGUGCUGCAGUGGCUGUCAAUUUAUUAAAAAAGGUACAGUAUGUAGGCAGCAAUUAGAUCAGGAUUGUGAUGUCCCAGAGUACUGCAAUGGGUCUUCAGCGUUCUGUCAACCUGACUUAUUUGUCCAGGAUGGGCGUCCGUGCCGUUCCAGAACUGCAUUCUGCUAUAAAGGAAGAUGCCCAAGUCCGGAUAACCAAUGCCGUUCCAUAUUUGGGAAAGAUGUGGAAAAUGGUGCUUUUCCCUGUUAUGAAGAACUUAAUAGUAAGGCUGAUCGAUCUGGGAGCUGUGGUCGCACCAAAGCCGGAUAUAAAUUGUGCCAAUGGAAAGAUCUUCGCUGUGGAAAAAUAAUAUGUAAAUAUAAAAGUUCCAAACCCUUCUUUCAAACCCAAGCAACUGUCAUCUAUGUUUCUGUGAGCGGACACAUUUGCAUUACCUUAGAUUAUAGACUGCAUUACCAAAAACAGGACCCCAUAUGGGUGUAUGAUGGAAGCUUGUGUGGCUUUAAACAGAUUUGCCUAAAUCGAGAAUGUGUUGAUGUUUCUGUUCUUGGAUUUGAUUGUUAUUUAAAGUGCAAUGGACAUGGAAUUUGCAAUUCAAGAAAAAAUUGCCACUGUGAUCCUGGUUGGCUCCCUCCUGAUUGCAAAACUCAAGGUCCUGGAGUAGGGGGAAGUAUUGACAGUGGAUUACUUUCAGUGUCUGAUAAGCUUCUAAUUGAGACAUAUUCAAGCAACAUUUGGUCAAAUUGGAUGCUACUUAUUAUCCUCCCUUUAGUGCUGCUGCUGGUCAUGAUUAUCAUCCCAUUGGUCAAAUAUAGUGGACUGACAAUUCACACACAUGUGGUGGAAUCACAAAGUGACAAUUUAGAAGAUUAUACCUAGUCCACAAGUCAAGGUUAAUCCAAAAUGAUUUUGGCAGGCCUGAAGCCAGAGUUGCAGAAGAUAUUAGAGGACAGCUGGGCACUUUAUAGGACUGGAAACCUGGGCUUCUGUUUCAUAGACCAAAGUUUAUUUGAAUUAGAACUUUAUGGUAUUUUUCUCUUUUAAGGGCUAUUUCUUCAUGGAACAAUAAAGUGAGGAGCCCAGAAGUGUUUGUGCUCUGGGUCUUCAUGCUUAUUCUUAUUCAUAACCAGUUCAAGAGGCCAGAUC